AUGGCGCUACUUCUCCUACUGUCUUUGGCAAGUAUUCUUCUGGUUAUGUUUUAUCUCCAGUUCCGAUGGCGAUACAGAUAUAUUUUGGCCACAGCCAACAAACUGCCUUGUCCACCAGCCUGGCCAUUCAUUGGAAACCUUCUUUUCCUCCUAGGGGAUGUUCCUCGUACGACAAAAAAUCUGUUCAGAACUUUUACUGAAUAUAAAAAGCAUUUCUGCCUUUGGAUUGGACCUUUACCACUUUUUGUGAUAUCUGACCCCUCAGAUGUACAGAUUAUCCUAAAUAGUAGUAAUACUCUGGAAAAGGAUGAUACAUCUUACAAAUUUAUGAAGAUCUUUGGAGGGAAUGGCUUAAUAACUGCACCAGUUUCAGUUUGGAAAAAGACUCGGCGUUUGAUCAGUCCAGUGUUUCACCCCACAAACCUUGAGAACUUCCUGCCAGUGUUUAAUGAUGUGAGCAGAGAAUUGGUCCAAGGUAUUGACGUGGAAGGCGAGAUAAUUGACCCUUCUGGGCUUUUCUCAAAUGCGGCGCUAGAUGCUAUAUCAACCAACACUGUUAUCACUGGCGAUAUAAAUAUUGAUUGGUUGGCUGGUUCAAGUGUGCGAGAUGAGAUGCAGGACCUUCUUGCCUCCUCUAACUUAAGACAGCUAGUUAACUCCCCAACUCGAGUGGAUCAUAUUGCUGGUCGUCAAUCAUUGCUGGACUGGGUCAUGACUGACAUAGUCGAUGAAAAUGUAAGUGUUCAUGUCUUGGGUACUGAGUUAUCGGACCAUUUCGCUCAGCUAGUCUCUAUAUCCAUGAACCUCCUGAAGGAGCCCGCAGCGGUUCCGUGUGUCAGGCGCUGUCUAACAUCCAGUAACUUGGCUACUCUGAACUUCAUAUUAAGUCACGAGACUUGGGACGCUAUCGAUGUUGCCGAGCCAGUAGAUGAGCAGUUUAAUUCUUUCAUAAGUGUUAUUAAUUAUGCUCUUGAUUUUGCUUGCCCUAAAAAACAAAUACGCAAAGGUCGAAGAAAUAAGAUAAAGGAUGGAUUUUCACCGUACUUGCUCAAAAAUAAUAUUCUAACAGACAAGCAGUUCAGUUUUGUCAAGGGCCGCUCUACUGGUGAGGCAUUGGCGACUUUUGUAUUCCAUGUGGUCAAGGGACUGGAGAGAAGACAGCGGACACUUUGUGUAAUGAUGGAUCUGACUAAGGCGUUCGACUGUGUCAGUCAUGACAGACUGAUGGAGGGUUUGCAACGCCUAGGUUUUGCAAAUGAAAUACUGAGGUGGCUGGAGUCGUAUCUUGGAGAUCGAAAACAAUUUGUCAAACUCAAUAACCACUGCUCGGAACUGUUUGAGAUUAAAUUUGGAGUUCCCCAAGGGUUUCAUUGUACAAAUGUAGUAGAUGGAGCUUCUAUACAUGACCACAACAUGCGAGCCCGAGUAGACCUGCGACAAACCCAACAUUCCUCGGCUCUGGCGGGUGGACUGCCUCAAAAUUCAGGGGCUAGCUCUGGAAGGAAGAGCUUUCUGGAGAAGAACACUACCAAAGAAAUAACUUUGGAUAUAAGGGGAUCAGAAACGGUUGUCUCGGCUCUUUCAUUUUUUUCAAUAAUUCUUGCAAACCACCAGGAUGUGCAGGAAAAAAUCUAUAGAGAGAUCCUACAGAAAGUUGAGGAUCCCAGUAACGUCACUCACUCUGACCUGAGAUCUCUGACAUAUCUGGAACAAUCUAUAAUGGAAUGUCUGAGGCUAUAUCCAAGUGUUCCCAUAGUUUUGAGGAAAGCUACUAAAAACACGAAACUAUCUACGUUUACGCUGCCAGCCAAUAGUCGAUUGAUGAUUCCUUUCUACGCCAUGAGUCGAGAUGAGGACCAGUUUCCCGAACCUGAAAGAUUUCUGCCAGACCGUUUCUCGCCAGACGCCUUAGGAGGAAGACAUCCGUAUUCCUUCCUCCCGUUUAGUGGUGGUCCACGAAACUGCAUAGGAAAGAUGUAUUCUAUGUUCUUCAUGAAGACAGUCAUAGUGCAUUUGCUUACAAAUUACAAACUGCACAGCAAUGAGAAGAGCUGGAAGCUAAUGGAGGUGAGGCGUGAGAUAGAGAGGAUCGCUGGUAGACGUCGAAUGUUCCUUUUAUUCAACCGUCUCGUGAUUGAAAUACACUCUGGGAGGAAGCGUCUCACCUACUCCAGACAGCUGUAUUUUGUUGAUUUGGGGAGGCGUGAUAAAGAAGCUGCGACUCGUGAUAAGCGCAAAAUGUUCGAGCUCUUGGAUCAGCGCAUCACCUCAGUUUUAUAA